GUUUUGAUGAGUGACUUACAGGCCUUCGCUGUUUUUCUGUUGUACCAUGAGUUAAUCAUGCCAGGAGUUAAGGCACUAACUUUUGACUCUUUGGUUGUCCUCUGUUCAGCUGUAUUCAUUGUACAAAGCAUCCGUUUCCACCAGCUGUUGCCGGAUAUCAUCACAGGAGUUCGAACAACAGCUGCUUGACGCCAUUUCAUCCAGAAAAACUAUUUCAUAUUCAGAGGCUGAUGGCAUGGUUCGACUUCUCGCCAAAACACCCAAUGAAGGUAGCAUGUUGCAGGGAGUUGAUCUGACCCUGGAGAUUCCGAAUCAUAUCACUUCCUCCGGAACGAAUGUUGAGACACUUUUCAAUGGGUCGAUUCGCAAAACCUUAUCCGACUGGGUCGUUGAUAUUCUUCAGGCAAACGGAGGUCACCUUCGAUUAAAGAAGUUGCGUAAACAAAGCAAAGCAGGAUCCAACAAGCAACAACAAUGGACUUCAGUCGUUCAAAAUGUGAUUAGCAAAAGUGCUGUGCAAGAUCCUUUGCUCUGUCAAGUGAUGCAAGAGUUACAGUCUUCUGAAAACCUGCCGAGGAAGAAACAGAAAUUCCUGAAUUUCAUGAAAUCAAAGUAUCGCAGAUUGCGUCCCGAUCAAGUGGAACAAAUCUGGGAGAUUUUAGACAGUCAGCUGUAUUCAUUGUACAAAGCAUCCGUUUCCACCAGCUGUUGCCGGAUAUCAUCACAGGAGUUCGAACAACAGCUGCUUGACGCCAUUUCAUCCAGAAAAACUAUUUCAUAUUCAGAGGCUGAUGGCAUGGUUCGACUUCUCGCCAAAACACCCAAUGAAGGUAGCAUGUUGCAGGGAGUUGAUCUGACCCUGGAGAUUCCGAAUCAUAUCACUUCCUCCGGAACGAAUGUUGAGACACUUUUCAAUGGGUCGAUUCGCAAAACCUUAUCCGACUGGGUCGUUGAUAUUCUUCAGGCAAACGGAGGUCACCUUCGAUUAAAGAAGUUGCGUAAACAAUUUAACGGCGUUGGUGGUGGAGGCGCUGGUGGCUUGCUUGAUCGCCUACCACCGGCCAACGAUCGACGAGGCGCG